GUCGGAAGUUGGUGUCGCGUUUCGCAGAGGAAGGAACAUGGGUCACGCGCGUCGAGGCUGCGAACAAACACCUCGUGGUGGAAAUCGCUCGGCUCACUUGUCCGGAGCUGUCCUGCCGCGGGAAAUCUCGCCGAUGAGUUUCCGGCGGGUCGCGCACCGCGCGACACCCAGCAGGCCGGGGAGUGGACACGAAGAAGAGGUCGUUUCGUGUGUCACCGUUUCGGAUUCCUCCGACCAGUCGCCUCGGCCGCGAGCGGCGAUUGGCCAAAAAGGCAGCUCGAGGGGCACCGCGCAGCAAGAUCUCGCAGCUUCCGCGGCCCUACUCCCACGACUCCCCGGCCACGACGGCGUUCUCCGUCACGCUGCCCCGGCCCUACGGCGACGCCGUAUCACUCGUUUGACACUUCCGAGUGGGCGCUAACGCAAUUCGCAGCGAGCCGCGCGAGCGCGGAGUGAAGCCGCGAUGAACCCCGCGUCGACCUUCGCGCGCGAUUAAAGCGAGCCUCACGCGCCAACUUGCCAGGUAUGGCUCAGGUGCGACUCUAACGGCGAACGGACCUUUCUUGCUGGAUGGACAAGUGCGGGCGGGAGGAUCUUGCGCUGGAGCGGCUCCUUCGGCUUCCCCUGGUCGCUGCUAGUCGCGCGAUGUCUUCGUGGUCGGAAGACACAACUUCGAGCGGCCAUCGGGUCCUCGAUGACCACUUCGAGCUACCGCCGACCCCGCCGACGCCGUCGGCGCUCCACGUGGAUGGGCAAAGCGCGAGAUCGGUGGCCUGCGACGCGUCCUGGUAUCACAGGUGGUCCUGGAACGGCCAAGCGAAUCCUUGUAAUGGACUCGACGCCGCGAUCGACGAGAGCGCUUCUCGUUUUCUCACUCCGCCCUACGUCGUCAACUUCUUGCAGAGCACUGACACCAAUCAGAAUUACCGCGCUUGCAGAUGGGAGCAAUAUUCCCAGCAAGCCGCCGCGGAUUGCCGGCCGAUGAUCGAUCAAUCAAGCGAGAGGGAGGAUCCAAGAUCUCCGCGAGUAUCUUCCGAGGAUCUAUCAUACGCGAAUCAAGAUCGCUGCGUGACGACCACGACGAGCGCGGCCGCGGCGUUCCGUGUUUGGCAAACGACUCAUCCGCAGGACACACCGAUGGACUGCGAGCACGACGGCAAAUGUCAAUCCUGGCAGGACAUGCGCGUCGAGGAAGAGGCGCGCCCGCAAGGACGAGAGACGACCAAGAGGACGGGCGAGAAGCCGCGGAAGGAGAGGACCGCGUUCACGAAGCAACAGGUUCGACACCUCGAGUACGAAUUCGCGCGGAGCAACUAUCUGACGCGCUUGCGGCGUUACGAGAUCGCCGUAGCGUUGGAUCUGACGGAACGCCAGGUGAAAGUGUGGUUCCAAAACAGGCGGAUGAAGUGGAAACGGACAAAGGGCAGCGCGGCUAACAUCCAGGAGGCGACCGUCGCGUCGUGACGCAUCUCUCGCGAUCGCGACGACGUUCCGUUGCGCGGCAUUACGAGAUACGAGAUUGUACAUAACGAGACUUGCGU